AGAGGUGGUAGGCCAUAAAACUGGGGCAGUUGUUACCAAGGAGUAUCUUUAGGACAGCAGCUUCUCAGGGCCUCAGGGCCAUGGCUGUCCCAUGGAUGCUGCUACUAGCGAGCCUGUCUACAUUUCACCUGGGCAUCUUCAUCUGGGCUGUCAUUCGGCACUUUCUCACUGUGAAAAUCCCCUCUGGAUUGCAGCAGCCCAUCAAGCUCAGAUUUCUGCAUUGUAUGAUACUGUACAUGUUUGCUCUGGGGGAUAUAUUAGAGAAACUGAGAAUUUGCUCCAUGUUAAAGUUUAUCCAGUUUAUGCAUGAUGUAACAGUCGUAAAGAAGAACCAUAACUUGGUGGUGACCAACAUGAAAUUUGGGACAAUCCCUGUGAGACUCUUCCAGCCCAAAGCAGUGUCCUCGAAACUCCGGAGAGGCAUUAUUUUCUACCAUGGAGGGGGAACCAUAUGUGGUAGCCUAGACUUUUACCACAACCUGUGCAGCUUCCUGGCCCAGGAGACGGAUUCUGUGGUGCUGUCAGUGGGGUACCGCAAGCUUCCUGACCACCAUCACCCUUCUCUUUCUAAGGACUGCCUGAAUGCCUCCAUUCACUUCAUGAAGGGCUUAAAAACCUAUGGGGUAGACCCCUCCCGAGUGGUAGUCUGCGGAGAAAGUAUUGGAGGUGGGGCUGUGGCUGUUGUCAUCCAGGCCUUGCUCAACUUCCCAAGUCUCCCCCAGAUCUGUGCUCAGGUGCUUAUUACUCCAGGUAUACAGGCUUUAAAUUUACUCUUACCUUCACACCAGCAACACCAAAACGUCCCAUUACUCACCAAAGACAUACUCAUGAUGGCUUUCUGUAAGUACCUGGACAUUGACUUGUCUUGGAAAGAUGCAAUAAUUAAUGGCACUUGCAUACCCCCAGACAUCUGGAAGAAGUACAGGAAAUGGAUCGGCUCUGAUAACAUCCCCGGAAGGUUUAAGAGCAAAAACCUUCUGCCUGAGUUUCCAGGACCUUUCAAUGAGGCUGCAUAUCUAGAAACCAAGCAUAUUUUAGAAGCAGAGAUGUCACCUCUCCUAGUAGAUGACAAGAUCAUUGCUCAGCUUCCAAAGGCGUUCCUGGUGAGCUGUGAGUAUGACCCCCUCCGCGAUCAUACCUUGCUCUACAAGAAGCGCUUGGAGGACCAGGGGGUCCCUGUGACCUGGUACCAUGUGGAGGAUGGCUUUCAUGGAUGCAUAGUGUUGUUUGAUAAGCAUCCUUUCUCUUUCCCCUGCUCCAUAAAAAUUGUAAAUGCUCUAGUUGGUUACAUAAAUGACCUAUGACAGUCACUUUGUUCUUGGGUGUGGAAGAAGGUGAGAACUGCCUGCUC